GUAUAGCAUUAAGCAGGUCGCAUUUAUAAUAUUAAUGUGAAUUGAUGUAACCUAUAAUUGAGUCGCAAUAUUCAUUCAACGACAUGCAGUGGUUACGGUCUAGUAUUGCUAAAGUCAAACUUAAUUUUAAAGAAAACAAAUUGGAAAAUUUGUUAUGGGUGGUGAAUGUUGUUCCGAGUAUAUUUGGAUUUUCUCUAUUGAAGGACAAAAUUUCAGCCCCAUUUUGGAUAGUGAAUUUCUUUUUACUAUUCUACAUCUACAUCCUCGGCAGUCUGUGGUAUUUAAUAUUUGAGGCGGAGACCGCGUCCGAGUAUGUGACGAUCUAUGUGAACGUAGCCAUCAUCAUACUGGCGGCUAACAAUGCCAGCUGGUGGGUCACUAAGAGAACGAGCCUAAGGGUAGUGAUAACCCUGUUGAAUAAAAACGAUAGCCUUGUGACCGGAUCCGACGAGCGGCGGCGGCGACACGCGACUAUGAUCCGGAAUAUUAAAAAUAUUAUCCUCAUAUUCUACGGAGGCAUUUACUUGAGCGAAAUCUUCAAUUAUUUGCCGAACCGAGUCCGCGUCACUCAGGACUACGCUAUGGUGCCGUGUGUUGGAAUAAUAAAAGACCCAACAGCGAGUCCGAACCGCGAGAUCUGCAUGGCGAUGCUGUUCGUACAGGAAUGCGCCAUGAUGGUCUCCGUGCUGAACUACCAGGCGCUUCUCAUCGUGCUGAUUGCACACACCGCCGCCAUGUACGAGCUAUUAGCUGAUGAGUUACUGGAGCUCAACCACCAGGCAUCAGACCUGCUGGCUGACGAACUACUGGAGCUCAACCACCAGGGACCAGACACAACCAGCGACACCGAGCAAAGCUUUCAAACCUACAUAGAGCAACGCUUGAUAACCUUCGUAGACAGACACUGCUAUCUCAUACAAAUCACUGGCUACUUACGGCAAUUAUACAGCAUACCGAUAGGCAUAGGGUUCGGCUAUUGCGCGAUCUGCAUCAUACUCUGCAGCUACCUCAACUCUCAAGACAUGGUUAAGUUCUACCCGGUGCUGAUGUACUGUGUGUAUCUGUUCUUCAUGUUUUGUUACCUUGGCCAGAGGCUGAUAAAUGCGGCGGAGCAGUUUGAGUCAGCGGCUUACUGCUGCGGCUGGGAGAGGUUCAGUGUGAGGAACCGACGCACUGUCUACAACAUGUUGGUGCUGGCGCAAAGACCCGUGGCGCUACUGGCUGCUGACAUCAUCCCUAUUAAUAUAGAUACGUUCGCAACUACUACGCAAGCUAUGUAUAAGUUUGCGACUGUUGUAAAAGUGUGA